AUGAGUGGCUAUCAUAAUGGCCACUACGGGGGACCGACCUCCCCCUACGCUAAUGGAAAUAAUGGAAAUGCAAACCCCAACGCUUACUACGGAAACAACAACUACGGAUACGGCGAAGAAAUGGUCGAAUUCGAUGUGCUGAAUCAUGGCCAUGGCCACGGCCACGACGCCGCAUACAUGAACAGUGUGAAUAUGAACGACAGCUACGACCCGAACGAACGGCCUAUGGGCCGAUCGCCGCCCAAACCGGUCAGACCGGGUUUGCAGCCAGCUGAAGACUUCGUUUCGCCCGUUGGAACACCUCUAGGCACGCCAGGUGCUCAUCAAGUGGGCUGGCCGCUGCCGAGUCGAAGAGGACACGACUCGUUUCAUAGUGUGUCGAGUACACCUGCCGGGUCGAGAUCAGCUACUCCUGCAUUCUACCAAAAUAACCAGAGUUUCCAAAGCCACCAAAGUCUGGCGGCGCUUGUCGACCAACCCCCUUCCCCGUUGUACGCAAAAGAUUGGGUCCAACAAGGCUCGAUCGCACGCGUCGCUGACCGAGACGAUGCUGAUAUCUGGAAAGGCUGGCGACGAUAUGUGUACAUGCUUGUACCGUUUUUGACCUUUGGCAACACAGCUAUCUAUGUUUUUUACCUCGCCUUGCGUAUUACGUGCGUUAUUCUCGCUCAGAAAGCCUCUCACCAGACUUAUGCUGGUGCAUGGGUGUUUAUCGCGCUAGAAUUGGCUACUGCGAUCCCGUCUAUGAUGCACAAUGCCUGGACUAUGUGGGCGUUGAAAGGACGACAGCGUCCUAAGCUGCGACUUACGGGAGACGACUGCCCGAAUGUGGAUGUUUUUAUUACUUGCUGUGGUGAGGAAGACGAGGUCGUCAUCGACACUGUCCACGCUGCGGCCGAUCAGGACUAUCCUAUCGACAAAUUCAGGGUUAUCGUGCUAGAUGAUGCCAAGUCGUCCAGCCUCGAGGCGUCGGUGCGUCAAUUAGCGCUGACGUAUCCAAAUGUGCACUACAUGGCUCGAACCAAGAUCCCUGGCGUGCCGCAUCACUUCAAGGCUGGUAAUCUCAACUACGGUCUGGAGCAGACCCGUCUGAUGCCGGGUGGAGCUGGUCAAUUCAUGGCUGCUCUUGAUGCUGAUAUGAUCCCCGAACAACAAUGGCUCCGCGCGACUCUCCCUCACUUGCUGAUCGACCCCAAGAUGGCCCUUGUCUGUCCCCCACAGCUUUUCUACAACUGCCCCCCUGCCGAUCCCUUGGCACAGAGCUUGGACUUUUUCGUACAUGUCAUCGAACCGAUCAAGGACGCUCUUGGCGUCGCCUGGUGCACCGGUUCUGGGUAUGUUGUUCGUCGCGAGGCUUUGGAUGAUAUUGGUCAAUUUCCUCUUGGUUCUUUGGCUGAGGAUGUCGCUACUUCGACGCUGAUGCUGGGUAAGGGAUGGAAGACUGCGUAUAUUCAUGAAGCUUUGCAGUUUGGUACUGUUCCGGAAGAUUAUGGCGGUCACUUGAAGCAGCGUACUCGAUGGGCUAUCGGUACUGUCGACACUGCAUUUAAGCUCAAGUUCUGUCUCUGGGGCGACGCCAUCAAGCAAAUGUCUUUUGCCCAGCGAUUUUCUGGUUUCUUGUACGCCACUCUCAGUCUGUACACUAUUUUGCUCACCGCUUCUCUUUUCGCCAUUCCGAUUAUUUUGAUUUGGGGCCGCCCUCUUGUUGCCUAUGCCACUACGGAACAACUCAAAUAUUUGAUCUGGGCCUGCUUCGCAUCAACCAUGAGUAACCGUCUUUGCGAGUUUGCGUUGUUUAUUCCCGCCGGCUACCACACCGGUCAGCGCGGUUCCCGCUAUGGCAUGUGGAUGUCGCCCUAUCUCGCAUUGUGCAUCAUCCGAUCUUUCUUCCUCCCCAAAUGGCUCGGCGGACAAACCCAAGCCUUCAAGCCUACAGGUUCCUUGGGCUCCGCGCUGGAAGAACGUGACCCCAAACGCCGCAAGGGAAUGGUUCGUCGUCUCUGGACCAUUCUGGUGAACUACAUGGCCAUGUUCCAUUUCGCAUUCGUCUACAUGACCAUCGUCGCCGUGUGCCUGUCGUCUUAUCGCUGCUUCUACCAGAAUGAUCCCAACAACUUCAAGAAUAUUCUCUUGUGUCUGAUCACGCACGCUUUCUGGCCACCCGUCACAUUUUUGUUCGUGAUCACCUCCCUCUGGACACCCAUCUCGUACGCCAUCGAUCCACCUUCAAUGCCUGAUCGCGAAGACCUGUUGAAGCGCGACCCCAAAACCGGCGUUGCGCAUCCAACCCCUGAAAGCAAGAAAAUCGCCUUCGCAGGCCAAGAAGCCUGGUUCGAGUUUGAGUACACAUUUGCGACAUUAUUCACAAUCUUUGUGUUUGUCUAUUCCUUCUUCUAUAUCUGA